UAUCAAAAGUCAAAUCCCUUAUUGGAAAAUCAUUACAUAUAUUACAAACACAGUGUACCACCUAAUUUCUUGAAAUCUUGUAAAUUAGAGCUUAUAUUAGAGGAGGUAGAUAGUGAAAUCUUGCUCACCAAUUAACCAAAUUAAAUUCUUAUAUGGAACUUGAAUACGAUGAUGAUGGCAGAAUCAAAAGAACAGGAAAUGUGUGGACAGCUACAACACACAUAAUAACGGUGGUAAUUGGUGCAGGAGUGUUGGCCCUAGCAUAUGCCAUUGCACAAUUAGGAUGGAUAGCUGGUAUUGCAAGUAUAUUGAUCUUUUCAUGUAUUUCUGUUUUCACUUACAGUCUUGUGGCUGAUUGCUAUAGGUAUCCAGAUCCAGUUAAUGGCAAGAGAAAUUAUUCUUAUAUGCAAGCUGUCAAGGUCUACUUAGGUGGAACGAUGCAAGUGAUUUGUGGAUCGAUUGUGUAUGGAAAACUUGCUGGGAUCACAGUGGGAUACACAAUAACUUCAUCCAUAAGCCUGGCAGCAAUAGAGAGUAUUGUCUGUGUCCAUAGAAAAGGACAUGAAGCUGAUUGCAGUAGUUCUUAUAAUCCCUACAUGAUUAGUUUUGGGACAUUGCAGAUUUUCUUGUCUCAAAUUCCAAACUUUCAUGAAUUGACAUGGAUUUCAACCGUUGCUGCAAUUACCUCGUUUGGUUAUGUAUUCAUUGCAAUUGCUCUUUGUUUUAACGUUAUUAUCUCAGGUAACGGGGCAUCAACAAGCAUUACUGGAAUCAAAAUAGGGCCAGAGCUAUCUCUUGAAACUAAAGUGUGGAGGAUUAUGAGUUCAAUGGGAAACAUAGCACUUGCUUGCACUUAUGCUACUGUUAUUUACGACAUAAUGGACACAUUAAAGUCACAUCCAUCAGAAAAUAAACAAAUGAAAAAGGCUAACGUGAUAGGGGUGUCAACAAUGACAAUGAUAUUUCUACUAUGUAGUUGUCUUGGCUAUGCUGCUUUUGGUGACCAUACACCAGGAAACAUUUUUGCCGGGUUUCAUGAACCCUACUGGUUGGUUGUCAUUGGAGAUAUAUGCAUUGUAAUCCACAUGAUUGGAGCAUAUCAAGUGAUGGGUCAACCAUUCUUUCGUUUCAUCGAAAUGGGUGCUAAUAUCAUGUGGCCCAUAUCAAAUUUCAUAAACAAGGAACAUCCGAUUAGCUUGUGCGGUGUAACAAUCAACUUGAACUUGUUUAGGUUAAUUUGGAGGACAAUAUUUGUGAUACUAGGAACAACUCUUGCCAUGGCAAUGCCAUUUUUCAAUCAAAUUCUUGCUCUACUUGGAGCAAUUGGGUUUGGUCCUUUAGUUGUCUUCUUUCCUAUACAAAUGCAUAUUGCUCAGAAGGGUAUAAGACCAAUGUCACUUAGGUGGUGUGCCCUUCAAUGUUUGAAUUGUGUAUGUUUCCUUGUUUCAUUGGCAGCUGUAGUUGCUUCAAUUCAUGAAAUUAGCAAAAAUCUUCACAAAUUCAAGAUUUUUGCUUACAAACAAUAGAAUCUUUGUAUUAAAGAAAGAAAUGAAGCUCAUGUGGAAGUGAUCAAUGUCAAUAUUCAAUAAAAUGUUGGUCCAACAAGUGGUUAAAACUUAAAAUUUAACAUGUUG